UUCCAGGAGGCUCAUAAAAUGGUCCGAGAAGCCAACGUGAAACAAGCCAAUGCUGAGAAACAACUGAAGGAAGCUCUGGGGAAGAUCGACGUGCUGCAGGCGGAGGUCCAGGCUCUGAAGACGCUGGUCCUCUCCUCUCCCACCUCUCCUGUGGGCGAGCUCCCGUCUGCAGGAGCGUCAAAGACUCCGUUCAGGAAGGGCCACAGCAGGAACAAGAGCACCUCGUCCGCCAUGAUGGGGACGCAGCCGGACCCGUCGGCCACGCAGCCCAUCGUACGGGAGUGUAGAGAGGUGGACAGUCAGCUGUUCGGCGAGUUCAAGGCGUGGAAGGAAGAGCCGACGCUGGAGAGGAGCUGCUGCUUCCUGGAGAGAGUUUACCGAGAGGACAUUUACCCCUGUCUCACCUUCAAUAAGAGCGAGCUGGGUUCGGCCAUCCUUGAAGCCGUGGAGCAGAACGCUCUCAGUGUGGAGCCGGUCGGUUUCCAGACGCUGCCCGUCGUCAAAGCCUCGGCGGUGGAGUGUGGAGGACCAAAAAAAUGUGCCCUGAGCGGUCAGACCAAAACCUGUAAGCACAGAAUCAAGUUCGGAGAUUCGUCCAACUAUUACUACGUGUCUCCUUACUGUAGAUAUAGAAUCACAGCAGUGUGUAAUUUCUUCACCUACAUUCGCUACAUCCACCAAGGGCUGGUCAAACAGCAGGAUGCGGAGCAGAUGUUCUGGGAGGUGAUGCAGCUCCGUAGAGAAAUGUCCUUCGCCAAGCUCGGCUACUACAAAGACCAGCUGUGACUGACGGACAGCCCCCUUCCUCCAAUCACAGCAGACUCUCCCCUGAAGCCCCGCCCCCUACCCUUCCUCCUGUUCCUGCUCCUCCUCCUCAUCAUCAACACCUCCUCUUUUCCUGUGUGUUUUUGUGUGUGUGUGUGUGUGUGUGUGAGAGAGAAUAACACUAAAAAGACUGACAGGCUGUGACAUCGCUGGUCUGGUUUUUUUGUUACUGAUCUGAAGUUUUUGGUGAGUUUCUGUUUGACAUUUUGAUUCCAGGAUUAUUAUUUUUCUUUAUUUUCUUGUAUAAAAAAAAAAAGAUGUGACACUCCUCCUCCUCUUCUUCUUCCUCCUGCUGGAAAACAGAGCUCACAAACUAAAGUAUGAAGUUUGUCUGCAUUUAUAAAAACUCAUCUGAGGAUCUUUGACUUUCUACUAAAGGA